AGUUCCACUCGGUUCUACCGCAGUUCAGUUACAGCGUUUAAAUCCGCUCUUUUAGCUUUAAAUUCGCCUCAAGUGCUCAGUCUACAACGUCAAACAAGUGAUACUGCAGACGUGAGACAGAAGCCGAGUGGAACUGUUUUACCUCCGUGAAGGUGAUGGAUGAAGAGGAGCAGUUUGUAAGCAUAGACCUGAACGAUGACAACAUCUGCAGCAUCUGUAAGCUGGACACAGACACUGGAACGCUGUCCUUCUGCCAUGUGUGUUUUGAGCUCAGCAUAGAGGGCGUGUCCACCGCCGCUCUGCUGCACUCCACGUCUCUGCGCGGGCACAGGGACUGCUUCGAGAAGUAUCACCUCAUCGCUAACCAGAAGCUGUCGCGGGCCAAGGCCUCACACAGCGCGUACAAGGACAUUAAACGAGCGCUGAGCCAACAGAUCAGUCGCAUAGUGCAGUACGCCCAAAACAGAGACCCUGGCUCCAAACACCAGCUGCUGUUCCACGCGCAGCAGGGUGACCCCAAGCUUGCCGGCCAGUCGGACACCCAAGUGCCCAGAUAUGCCCCUCGCUGGGUAGAGGAAGCUUGUGGAGGUGGCACAGAGGAGCUGGACCUUCUGCAGGACUCUGGGCAGCUGUGGAGCAAUGAGCAGAAGCACACACUGAAACAGCAAGGAGGAGGAGGAAUAAAGAGGGUCAGAAGGUACACCAAGCACAGCCAAGAGGAGUUGCUGAAAAUGAAUGUGGAAGAACUUCAUCAGCUCAACUCACAGCUCCUGCUGCAGAUUCAAAAGGUCUUCGAGGAGCUUUCAGUAGCUGUGCAGGAGAAGGACUCCCUCGCAUCUCAGCUCCACGUCCGCCACAUUGCCAUCGAGCAGCUCUUUAAAAACUGUGAAAAGCUUCCUUGGCUUCAGAUCAGCCGGGCUGGAGUCAGAACCAGUAAUGCCCCAGUAGAGUGAUGGGUAGGAGAUGGGCACGGCGCACUCGAUACCUAAGGAGACUUAAGUGACAUUUUAGGGCUUUGGGUAAAGAUAUGAUCCUCUUGUAAGGUGGACUUGUGUUUACUAUGCAGACUGUCGUUUCAAUUUCAAUGAUUUAUGUCCAUUAUAGCAUGAUGUUAAACAUCUUCACAUGUUCUAUUUAUUGCUCUCACAUUGCUUUAUUGUAUACUUGUUCUCUCGAGUGUGAGCCACUCAGUUGUUUGUGAUUGUAUGCGUGCAUCAGAGACUCUAAUCUAAUUGGUUCUAGUGUUGCAGUGUGUUUUUGUCUGUUUCUGAUCAGUGCGGAGCUUCUUAAUGAGAGCUGAGGAUAGCGUGCUGUCCACUUAUUACAAAGCAUUGCGACAAACGCACAUGCAACAGGAGAUUCGACGUGGAAGCAAGUGGAAUUAAAAUGAAAUGCUCGCCAGACAGCUAGGAAGAAAUGAAGCCAAGAUUUUUAACACGUAUACAGGUCACAAUGUCUUGUGAUAUUAACUAUAUUGCAAGAACAUGAAGAGCAUCAUGAAUUCAUAUCGACACAUAUGGGCUUUAAUACUGAAACACGAACAGGGUUUAAGUGUUAGACAUAUAUUCACCUCAGCAUGCUUGCAACCAUGUGUACAUACAUACAUGCAGCUUGUGGAAAUAAUAUUUAAUAAGUCAAAUAUGGAUCAUACAUGCUGUUUUUUUUCUUUCUUUUAUUUUGUGGUGCACAAGCCAGGCUUUAAAUUGCAUUAUGCACCUUUAUGCACCUUAAAAACAUAACCAAAGCCUGUUUCCUGUCAAGGUCACAAAAAUCGAUGUGAUAGUUUCAUAAUCUGCAAAGAAUUUACUCACUCAAACCAAAGUUUGUUUUUCCAUUUGACCAUCAGCUUUGCAUCUAAUGUCAUUUCAUUCAUGACUUUUGAACAUUACUGCUGUAUAAGAAGCUUCGUGGUUUUUUGUUUUUUGUUUUUUUUUGUAAAGAAGCGAGGCUUUUGUUCCGCCUGGUGGUUUACGGUAAAUCUGUUCACGUGUGGAUGUAAUGAACGUUUUUACACGUGCAACUAGACAAGAAGAACAACAACAUGCUUCUCUUUAUAAGAGAUUUAUUCUGCACUCGGCCUUUCUGGGCUUGUAUGAAAAGAUUUGAAUAUUUUUGGUGUGUUACUUUAGAUUUUAAUAAGUUCUGCCUAACUGUGGUGCUUAGUGCGAUCCUCAGCAGUAUUGUGUGAAUAUCAGGAACGCGUUCAUGCUGGUAGAAGAAGAUUAAAGGGGGUUAAUUUUUUAUAUUUUGAUUCAGCUUUAAAUUUGAACAACCUGAGCACGCUUUCAUUUCCUUUUCUUCUUUUCUUUCUUUGUGGGUUGUUUAAUAAACUGUAGGUUUUAAUUGAUGUUUGGAGGUUUAAGCUCCUUCUAAUACUGCCUGCUGCCCAAAUGAUGGUGUCACUAUUUCAUGUUAUCAUUUCAGUUUAUUUUGUGUUUUUUUUUACACUUGUUUUUUGUGUUUUGGUGGUUUUGUGUUUUCCCCCCUAACAGUUUAUGCAAUAAUAUGUGCUUGUGGAACUUCCUCCCUGUGAUUAUGGGGUCCUGAGUGAUGAUUAUUAUAUUUUAUUUUGUGUCAGUAAAUAAACAGAAAUAUUUUUCUAAAUAA